AUGCGGCCGCAGUUGUUUCGUGCGGCCGCCCGGUCUUUCCGGGUCCCAAAAUCCAACAACUUCAGGACCUUCGCAACGACAACCCCUCGCUCUGCUGAGGUGGAGCUUACAAUUGAUGGCAAGAAAGUCUCGGUAGAAGCCGGCUCAGCACUCAUUCAGGCAUGUGAAAAGGCAGGCGUGACGGUUCCCAGGAAAUUAAUGAUUGCAGGAAAUUGCCGUAUGUGCCUCGUUGAAGUCGAACGUGCUCCCAAGCCAGUGGCAUCCUGUGCUUGGCCUGUGCAGCCCGGAAUGAACGUCAAGACAAAUUCACCACUUGUGCAUAAAGCAAGAGAGGGUGUCAUGGAAUUCCUCCUAGCGAACCAUCCUCUCGAUUGUCCUGUUUGUGAUCAGGGGGGUGAAUGUGACCUCCAGGACCAGUCAAUGCGCUAUGGUGCUGACCGCGGUCGAUUCCAUGAGGUUGGUGGAAAGCGUGCUGUUGAAGAUAAAAAUAUUGGUCCCUUAGUCAAAACUUCCAUGAACAGGUGUAUUCACUGCACCCGUUGUGUUCGCUUCAUGAACGACGUCGCUGGUGCCCCAGACCUUGGAACUACUGGAAGAGGAAACGACAUGCAGAUUGGCACUUACUUAGAAAAGAACCUCGACUCAGAGCUUUCCGGCAACAUCAUCGAUCUUUGCCCCGUCGGCGCCCUCACCUCAAAGCCUUAUGCGUUCCGAGCUCGCCCCUGGGAAUUGAAGCACACCGAGUCCAUCGAUGUCCACGAUGCCCUGGGCUCCAACGUCCGGAUAGACACCAGGGGUAUGGAGGUUAUGCGGGUACUUCCACGAUUGAACGAUGACAUUAACGAGGAAUGGAUUGACGACAAAUCCCGAUUUGCGUGUGAUGGCUUGAAAACCCAGAGACUCACAACUCCUUUGAUUCGCAAAGAAGGAAAAUUCGCCCCUGCAACCUGGGAACAAGCCCUGACUGAGAUAUCCAAUGCUCAGCAAAAGCUGCAAUUGAAGGAAAAUGAGUUCAAAGCCGUUGCCGGACAUCUUGUUGAUGCCGAAACGCUUGUGGCCAUGAAAGACUUGGCGAAUAAGCUUGGCUCCGAUAACCUUGCCUUAGAUCAGCCAGGAGGGAGCUCUCCUAUUGCCCAUGGAAUCGAUGUCCGUGCGAAUUACCUCUUCAACUCUAAAAUUUAUGGGAUUGAAGAGGCGGAUGUCAUCCUUCUUGUAGCUACGAACCCUCGCCAUGAAGCGGCAGUGCUCAAUGCGCGCAUUCGCAAACAAUACCUGCGCUCCGAUCUUGAAAUCGGCUUAAUCGGGGAGGACUUCGAGAGCACCUUCGACUAUGAGCAUCUUGGCUCUGAUGUCUCAUCUCUCAAGGCUGCAUUGUCUGGAAAAUUUGGAGAGAAGCUUGCAUCUGCUAAGCGACCAAUGAUCAUUGUUGGCAGCGCCGCCGCUGAACAUCAGGACGCGAAAGCGGUCUUUGAAACCGUCGGCAGCUUUGUGGAUAAGCACGCGAAGAACUUCAAUACCUCUGAAUGGCAAGGCUACAACGUUCUUCAGCGUGCAGCGUCUCGUGCCGCUGCCUAUGAGGUUGGCUUUACCACACCGUCGGCAGAAGUGGCCAAGACUACACCCAAAAUGGUCUGGCUGUUAGGUGCUGAUGAAAUCAGCCAAAGUGAGCUCCCAAGUGAUGCAUUUGUCAUCUAUCAGGGGCAUCACGGUGACCGUGGAGCUCAAUUGGCCGAUGUUGUUCUUCCGGGUGCAGCGUAUACCGAGAAGUCGGGUACUUACAUCAACACCGAGGGACGUGUACAGAUCACUCGUGCGGCGACUUCGUUGCCUGGUGCCGCACGUGACGAUUGGAAAAUUAUACGUGCUGCCAGCGAGUUCCUUGACUCGCCCCUUCCUUACGAUGACAUUGAAGCUCUCCGUGAUCGCAUGGAAGAAAUCAGUCCUAUAAUGCGUCGGUAUGAUGUCGUCGAGCCGACUUCUCUGAGCUCUUUGAGUAAGGUACAACUUAUCGACCAAAAUAAGGGUGCUCAGCCAUCUGGCACUCCGUUCAAGAAUGUCAUUGAGGACUUUUACUUCACCAAUCCCAUUGCUCGCAGUUCUCCGACUAUGGCUCGCUGUUCAGCAGCCAAAGCCACUGGAAACCCCGAGACAAACUUCAUGGCUGCUGGGGAGAUGUCUCCUCAGGCUCUGUAUGGCUAG